AUGGCGGUCGCAGCAGCAUCAGGAACAAAUCUCAUCAGUGCCCCGGCGCCAGAUUCUGAUUUUGGUCUCUUGUGCGACGUUUCUCCUUUCUUGGAUCUUCCCCUUCUUGACUUCGACUUUAGCUCCCAAGGUGUCUACCAGGGAGAUGACGCGUCGUGGAAUUUUGGUCAGAACAUGGGAGAGGGAUUGUUUGAUCAGAUUAUGAUUCCUGACAUGAACACUCUGGAUACCAAUACUCAACUCGAUGUGGGAGAUGGCUUCCUCGUGCAGGAGCAGCCUCUCAUCACUGUCAACUCUUCACCACUCGAGCAACCUUCAACAUCAAGCACUCCCCACCCUCCUGCUACUACCACCAACAAAUCUCCCUCUUCAUCUAUCCCGGGAACAUCCACUUUCUCCCUCCACCCAUCUCCUUCCUCUUCAUCAGGCUCUUCUCGGAAGCGCAAAUCGUCACCGGAAGAUGAAGAGUCAGCUGUCACUCUCAAACGCCAACGCAACACCCUCGCAGCUCGCAAGUACCGCCAAAAGCGACUCGAUCGCAUCUCGGAGCUCGAGGAGGCACUGGCUGCUAUGACAAAUGAGAGAGACGACAUGAGGCUUCAACUUGCUAGGAGAGAAGCCGAAGUGGAUGCCUUGAGAGAAAUGAUGGGAAAGAAGUGA